GUAUUUCUAUGUUUUGGAGAAGAAGAAGAAGAAGAAAAUAUCUCUCACUAUCCAGCUAGUCGGAGUGGUCUAUCGCUUGCUUUGACCGCUGAUUGUUACUUAUUAUCAUCCCAAACAACUCCUUCCUUUUAUAUUAGAAGAAAUAGCUAUAUGAAGAGUCUCCGGUGUAAAGGGGAAACGGCUCCAACUCACGAUGGAAGACUGCUUGCACACUUCUUCAGAGAACCUGUCUAAGCUGGUCCGCUGGGCCCACAGUCACGGCACCAUCUGUGCUCUCAUCCCGAACCUCAAACACCUGCUUACCGAGGGUUCCCAUGGGAACCUGACCGCUAUGUGGGGGUGCAGCGCGGGCCACGCCUACCACUGGCCCCUCCCCGCCACCUGUAAAACAGGCCAGAAGGAGCGGGGGGGCUGCUUCCAGGACAGCCGAAGCAUCAACUCAGACAGCCUCAGUGUCCAGGGAGGGGCCUCAGCCCGUCAGAGCAGCCCAGGAGGUGAGAGGUUUCUGGGCCGCUCCACCAAGGCCAAGGGAGGUGACAGCAGCCAGACACGGGACUCCUGCGACUUCUCCAACUGCAGCGACGACAACACCGAGGCUGACGACAACGCCGAGGAGUAUAACAACAACCUGUUUGAUAUUGUCUGUGAGUCUUCAGCCACGACGGACGAGGAUGGAGACGUAGACUACGAGCCUCAUCACAGACCCAGGAAGAGGGGUCCCCCGGGGGGCAUGCCCGGCCCCCAGAGACCAGGGUCUGAGGACAGGGGACAGGGGGACAAGUCAGUGAAGAAGAUCAAGCAGGAGACUGCUGAGGACUUUUACUCAGUACCUAAAGCCCAGCUAGCAGCAGGGGUAGGUACUGACUCAGGCCUAGCCUCUCACUCAGUCUCCCAGUCCCCAAAACCUAAUAAUUCCCUGUCCCACCAUGCAUUGCCACACAAACCCUUGCAGCUGGACGCCGACUGUUUGGUUGGUGGUGUGUCGUCUUCUCUGCUGGGCCACUCCUUUCCUCACAAACCUCUCCGAGGCUCUAUCUCCAGCUCUAUCUCCAAACCUUCCAUGAUGAGCACUAGUUCUCCCAGACAUCAGGACCUGUCUUCGGUGUCGACCCAGGGCCUGAGCACCCUCCCUGGGGCAGGUAGUGAGCUGAUGGAAGACCUGCUGAACCAUGGAGGAUCUGAGGGGCCGUUGGGGAACCUGACUCCCUCCUCUCCCAGUGGGAUGAACCCUGACCUGGACCUCCUGGGAGCAGAGACCAAAGGAGAGGCAACAGUGGGACCAGCUCUGUGUGAGAUAGAGCGGCUGCGAGCGUUGCUGAGUGUUGAGCGUAGCCGCAGUGAGCAGAUGGGGGAGACCAUCUCUAGUCUGAAACAGGACAAGGAGCUGCUGCAGCAGGAACUCACUAAGAAGGCUGAACUCAUCUGUGACUUCCUGCAAGACCAGCUACGACCAGGUACGCUCUUACUACGCCCAGAGAAGAGGCGUGGUCUUUCGUCCAGCCAGAUGGAGCUGGGGACGGGUAGCUCCUCCCACAUGGGGGUGGGUUUCCCUGAUGAGGGCGUGGCUUUUGAGAACCCCGCCCUAUUCGACAGCUUUGAGGAGGUGGAGCUCCACAGGGUGAUGAAGAGCUCCAAGAGGAGCAGAGAUGGAGAGAACACACGAGUUAGGAUGAAGAACGUGGUGGGCGUCAUCGCCAGGUACAUGGCGGCCCUGCAGGAGUUCAGACGCAGCGUCUCCAUGAAGGUGGCGUUCGACCGCGUGGGCGUCGACCGCAACACCAUCUCACGGACGGCCGCCAUCGCCGAGCUGAGCCUGGCCGCUCCGGAGGUGUUCCACGCUCUGCCACCUUGGGACGAGAAAGAGGAGACGCUGGCUCACUACGCCCACCGCUGCAGGCAGGCCAUGGACGACACCAUCAGAGCCAAGAUCAAAACCAUGAAAACCAAGGGAGACCUGCUGCCCAUAGUCAGCAAAUAACCCCAGAGACGGAAAGUGUGUCCUCGGAUGCCUGUAGGACAAACCAGACCAACACCAUCUGCGGUAGAUUACCUGCUUGGUGUUUUGACGAACGGUGGCAAUUUUAACAUGUAGAAUCGUCAGGAAAUGAACAGAAAAUGGCGGCCGAUGUUCUGUGGUCAAAGGCGAUGGGACGGCUGUGUACGGCCUACGUUCUUCGUGUUGGUCUGUCUUGUCCUUAUGAUAAAAGCCUGGUCCACAGAUCUGUUUGUGCUGUCGUGCCAAGUUGGAAUGACGACACAAACAGGUCUGGGACCAGGUUUGCCCUCUGAUCCCCAGUGAUGCUCGACUGCCAUUUCAAAACAAGUGAAAUGUUGUUAUUGCUCCAUUCCAUUUGUCUGGCCACCCCCACUAUGACCUUAACCCAUCAAUGAUGACAGACACCAUGACUAUCAUUAAAAACACAUUGUAGUGCACAAAUGUUUGAUUUACUGUAAUGUGUAACAUUUAUUUAGCCUUUUGAAUGAUGUGCUAAUGCUUUAAAGUGUUUUUAGUAGUGGAGAACAACAUUGGAAAAUACUGUUCAAAUAAGGAUCUUAUUUUUGUCAAGAGAUUUUCCGGUACUUUUGGUGGUCUAUGUAAUUGUUUUAAAGAGAUUCUCCAGUACUUUUGAUGGUCUAUGUAGUGUUGUUUUUAAAGAGAUUCUCCAGUACUUUUUUGAUGGUCUAUGUAGUGUUGUUUUUAAAGAGAUUCUCCGGUACUUUUGUAAACUUUUUAGCCAGUAGUUUUGAAAGUAUCGCUCACGAGCCAAAAGGAGUCCCUGAAAAUUGCGGACUAUGUCACACUGCGCUCGCUGUGUGUGUGCAUCUUGCUAGCUGUCACUCAAAUGGCGAGGUGUUGAAUCUCAUUGGUUGGAACUCGAACUGCUAGAGGGCUGGCUCACGUGGAAGGAAAUGGCACAGCUUCCAGAAAAACAGGUGCUUUCAAACUAGGGAUUUUAGGGCUAAUUGAGAUGAGAUAUGUGUUGAUAUUUUAGUUUGCCCCUUUAGGGCACCCGUACUGAUCCAGUGAUGUCUGAGGUUGUGUACAUUGUCACUCGUGGGAAAGGAGGAGAGCUGUCGGGACAGCCUAAAUCCUUACCCGGUGAGAAGAAACGAGCUCACAGUUCAGUACUGCUUGCUCAUGCAGCUCCUUGAAGAACUCUAUUCAGGGCACUGUGGUGUGAAUGAAGGAGAUUGCACGCAGCUACUUCUGGUGGCCAGGAUGCAGUUAUCAAAGACUAGGCCAAGUGUUGUUCUGCAUGUCACAUGACGAGGAACGUGCCUUAGCUAGCGCUGCUACACUCAUGGGACUUCCCAGAGGGGCCUUGGCAGCGAGUCCACAUGCAGGCCUACUGGAGCAAGGUUUCCUAAACUCUGUCCAGGGCUCCUCCCUGGGUGCACGUUUCGUUUUUUUCCCCCCUAACACUACACAGCUGUUUAAAAUAAUCAAAGCUUGAUGAUGAGUUUUGCUAGGGGCAAAAAAAACACCAGCAACCUGCACCCAGGGUGGGCCCUGGGACCGAGUUUGGAAACCCUAGACUGGAGAAUCGUAUGUUCCUAGUCACACAGCAAAUGGCCUGAGGUUGCAGUGAUGAAGAACACUUCAGCAGAGAGAGCCAUCGAAAAGUUAGUCAAUAUUCAGUCGUUUCGGCUUGCCAACGCAACUCGUUAGUGAUAAUGUCCCCCAGCUGGUGUUUGAAGAGUUCCGGUCAUUCAUUGAAGCAACAGAAUCCAUCACAUCAAAAUCAGCGCUGUAUCACCCUGCAACGAACUGCCUCGUCGAAAGAUUAGUCCAGACUAUGAAGCAAGCUUUAAAAAUCAUCACAAGGAAACGGGUCCCUCAACACCUUCCUGUUGACCAACAGAACCCCCCCCCCC